AUGAAGGUCAGUUCACUCCUUAUAUCCGCCUCAAUUGCUCUUACAGUUAAGGCAGCCGAAGAAAAUGCUCAACAAGUCGAUAUUGUUACUGGCUCAGCAGUAGCUGCUGCUUUAAACACAGAAUCUGCAGCUGGAAAUGCCGCUCCCAUUGAAAGCUCAACUCCAGUGGGUGCUGCCACAGUAGUGGACUCACCAACAGGCUCCUCAACGGAGACUCCAUCCUUAUUGGGAGGUUUGGUAGAUAGUUUAUUUGGUGACUCUGGAAACAACGACUCCGGUAGCUCCGGCAAUUCAGCAGCAACAAACCCAACCUCGUUAGUUGUUGCCUCCGUUGCAACAGGAUCAGCUACAGGAGGAGCUGCAUCUCCAGCAUCUACAAGCACCUCACAAGGACUUAUCGGGGGAUUGCUUGAUGACUUUUUCGGAAAUGGCGACUCAGCUACAACCACCACCACAAAUGCAGCAGCAGGAACAGGAACAGUUUCAGCAGCUUCUUCAAGUGCCACCGAAGGAUUCCUCGCUGGCUUACUUGAUGACUUUUUUGGAGGCAAUGAUGCAUCUGCCACCACAACUGCUACUACAUCCUCUGCUGUGUCUGAGUCAACAUCAACUGGAUCAAUUCUCGGAAGUAUAUUUGAUGACAUUUUUGGCUCUUCUGAUUCCAAUACCACCACCUCCUCCUCGUCAACUACAACCGCAUCAACCGAUACAUCUUCUUCUUCUUCGGACGAUGGUGACGAUUUCUUUAGUUCCUUGCUUGAUUCAUUUUUCAGCCCUUCAAACACUACCAAGAGCACCAGUUCCUCUAGCAGUGUAAGUGGCGAUGAUUUAAUCGAUGAUGUUUUGGACUUUGGAGAAGAGAUUUUUGAAGACAUUUUCAACUCAAUCGACUUUGGAUCAUUAUUCACCGGUCUUUUGAGUUUUGCAGGUGAAAUCUUUGACGACUUGUUUGAGUCCUCAGGAUCUUCGUCAAGUGGCUCCUUUGGAAGCUUUCUUAGCAGCAUAUUCAGCUCCCUCUUUGGUGGUUCUUCUUCUUCUUCUUCGUCGUCGUCUGGUACUUCUGUUAGUGGCUCAGACUUGAUCUCCGAUGUGUUUACAACAUUGUUUACAUCGAUCUUUGGUGGAUCUAGUGGGUCAACUGCCGGUCAAUGUGUUAUUAGAAACAAGAUGAAGAGAAGUGCAACUGAUAAGAAAGAAAUUAGAAAGUUGGUGAGAAAAAGUGUUAAUAAGAUAAUUGCAAAGAAACAAGCUGAAUUUAAAGCAAACAACAACAAACUUAAACGAGACGAGAUCCUUCCAAAGAGACUGUACAUUAAAGUCGCUUGA